UUUCGCUGUCUCAUUGACUUGUUCAUCAAUCCCCUUUCCUGUCCCACGCAUCUCCUUGCUAUAUCUUGGACGCGGGACCCCUUCCGACCGUCCCCCAACCUCUCACCUUCGACCACUGUCCUCGACUUGGAAGUCGGUCGUGCACACACCAUCCCCUGUCCGACCCUACACACGAUCUGCAACCGUCUGCAAGCCUAAGCAAGGCUAAACCGUCAUAAUGGCUGAGGGAGAGGAGGACUUUUCUUCUCUGCCAUUGCCGGACCGAUUUUCGCACAAGGCCUGGAAAGUCAGAAAGGAAGGCUACGAGGAUGCCAAAAAACAAUUCGAAAAAACUGCCGAUGAAUCGGACCCCGUUUUCACACCGUUCCUACAAGACCCGAGUCUAUGGAAAGGAGCCGUCGCAGAUUCGAACGUUGCUGCCCAACAAGAGGGUCUCGGGUCUUAUUGUACAUUUUUGAAAUUCGGUGGAACUCAGGCCUGUACUAGAACUCGCGGAUACACAGUGUUCCCCAUCGUCGAAAAGGGUCUUCCAUCAGCAAGACCGGCAGCCAAGACAAAUGCGCUUGAGGCACUUCUACUAUGCGUGGAGAUGGACAAGGCUGAUCCCGUGAUAGAGGAAAUGAUCCCCGGAUUGUCACACAAGGUUCCUAAAGUGAUUGCGGCGACGCUGAUGGGACUGCGAACGAUUUACCAUAAUUUCGGCUGCAAAAUUGUCGACCCCAAGCCAGUUUUGAAGGCGUUGCCCAAAGUUUUUGGACACGCAGAUAAAAAUGUCCGGGCCGAGGCGCAGAAUCUCACAGUGGAACUGUAUCGGUGGUUGAAAGAAGCCAUUAAGCCUCUCUUCUGGGGAGACCUGAAACAAGUGCAGCAAACGGACUUGGACAAAUUAUUUGAAAACGUCAAGCAAGAGCCAUCACCAAAACAAGAGCGACUGACUAAAGCACAACAAGACGCGAUGGCAGUCGCCAGUUCUGCCCCUGAAGGCGGAGAAGUCGGCGAUGAGCCGGAAGAGUUCGAAGAAGACGCUGGUGAAGUUGAUGCCUUUGAUCUUGCAGAGCCCGUCGACGUAUUGGCGAAGGCCCCCGGCGACUUUUUAGAUCAGGUGUCGUCGUCUAAGUGGAAAGACAGGAAGGACGCUUUGGACGCGCUCCAUGCAGUUUUGGACGUACCCAAGAUCAAAGAUGGCCAAUACAACGACAUAGUUCAAGCAUUGGCAAAAUGCAUGAAAGAUGCUAACAUUGCAGUCGUGACCGUGGCAGCCGGCUGUAUCGAUCUACUCGCCAAAGGUCUUCGCAGCAGCUUUGCUAAACAUCGCUCAGUGGUUAUGCCGCCGAUGAUGGAGCGUUUGAAGGAAAAGAAGCAAACUGUGGCAGACGCCCUUGGUUCAGCUUUGGAUGCUGUCUUCUUGUCCACGAACUUGUCCGAAUGCCUCGAGGAAAUUCUUGAGUUCCUCAAGCACAAGAACCCGCAGGUCAAACAGGAGACCCUCAAAUUCCUUAUUCGCUGCCUUCGUACCACCCGAGACGUUCCCGCCAAAGGAGAAGUGAAGUCGAUCGCAGAAGCGGGCACCAAGCUUCUCACGGAUUCUAGCGAGGUGAAUCGUGCCGGAGGUGCGGAGGUGCUUGGUACUUUGAUGAAGAUUAUGGGCGAGCGGGCUAUGAAUCCUUACCUCGAUGGCCUUGAUGAUAUUCGCAAGACGAAGAUCAAGGAGUUUUUCGCAACUGCCGAAGUUAAAGCCAAAGAGCGACCCAAGCCCGUCGCCGCUCCACCAAAGGCUGCACCGGCAGCUGGAAAGAAGGUAGUCGGCGGCAGAAAGCCAGCACUGGGAAUGAAAAAGCCAGCAGCUGCUGCACCUCCUGCCGAAGAUCCCCCAAUUAUCCCUCCCUCUCCUGCGAAACCAGCCACCAGAUCUAUUCCGUCCAAACUAGGGGCCGCAAGGCCUGGAGGUCUCCCGACGCCCGGCACGGGUCUCAAGAAGAAGCUCGGUGGCCCCGGGGGCAUUGCCUCGCCGCAGGCACGGCGAGUUAUUUCGCCACCCUCAGAAGAACAACCACCCGCACCUGCUGCUCCGAAAUUUGGUCUUGCCAGAGGACUUGCUGGACGGCCAAUUGCUAAGCCAGCAGCUGCCAGUGAGCCUGCUCCGGCACCGGCAGCUCCUCAGGUAAGCGGCAUGACCGCUGCCGAGCGCGCUGAAUUGGAAGAGCUACGCCUUGAGAAAGAGCGGUUCAGCCGGACAGUAGAAGACUUGAAAUACGAAAGAACCAAACUGAACUCACAAGUGACCGAGUUGCAAAACCAAAACGCCCAACUGAUCGAAGAUCACACGAGAGACGUUCUCAGCAUCAAGGCCAAAGAAACCCAACUGGUGCGGGCACGAAGUGACGCAGAGACUGCCGAGCAGACCGUCCAGAAACAGCAGCGAGAAAUCGAGCGCCUCAAGCGCGAGUUACAAAGGGCCCUCCGUGCAAGUGCCGCCAGCCCUCCCACCGCGAUGUCCGACAGCUUGAACCUCCCUGUUCCGGAAGCAGACUCAGUAUACCAAGACACCAGCAACGGACAUGGCCCUAUGUCUCGAGCUGGUUUGCAGCAUAUGGGGUCACGGUUCGACAGCUCGCGGCCACGGAGCUACGCAUCGGCCAGUCCUAGCGAAGAGAAGGAAAACAAUGGCCUCGAUUCGCCGGGACUCGGCAGCAGAGAAGGAGGCCUCGGCCGGCGCAAACUGAGCCCUACGUUUGGAACGUCGUACUCGGGUCUGGGUAGUCCGACUCGGUCGUCGAUCUUGGGCUCGAGCAACGCCUCUGGAGAUGAUCAACCUGCCCGGAGAACGGAACCUGCGGAGAACUGGAAGAGAGCAGCAGAGGUCACAACGCAACUCAAGGCAAGAAUCGAACAAAUGAAGGCCAAACAAGGUCUCACACGACCUCCUGCUCAACGUCAAUGAUCGCAUGAAACUGCCAAUUUUCUUGUAAUUUCCCUUCCUCUUUUUCCUCGGUUCUGCUUUCACCUGCGGUCAAGGUUUUCCUCUCUUCCCUUAUAUCUUCUCCCUGUGUUUUUAGAAUUCCCACCCAUCUAUCAUCUGUUUGACGAGGGCUUCAACGGUUCCAUUUUGUUUUUGGGCGGGCUGGCUAGUUUCUUCAUUUCUAUAUCUUCUUGUGCAUGUUGUUGUUCAUUGUCUUUUUUCCCUCCUAGUUUGGUCUGGUCUGGUCUGGUUGUUCUUCGGGAUUUGAAAUUUUUUAUCGGGGCUUUUUGCUUUGCGUUUUUUGUUCCCUGUCUGUGUCUUAAGACAAAUAUCCUUCCAUUCAGGUUUUAUUAAAAGGGGAAUUGGAAUUCGUUUGGUUUCGCUACGGACUUUUAUGGGUAAUGGGUUCAUAUCAAUUUUCUUUUUACGGGAUGCAUAGAUGCCGGAAGGGUCUUU